GAUACACAAAUAGACAGUGUGUAUCCCUCAGCAACCAAACACUGGAGAACGGCAGUUCCUCCGCCGCAGCUGUGAGCUGUGAUUGGAUUUAGCAAGGCCAUCUUGAAAAGUGAUUGAAACUCGUAUUUUCUGGUGGAUUUAAGUAUUUCGUCUUUGCAUUUAACAAGCUUUGAUCUCAGUAUAAUAUAAUUAAAUUCAAAAUUACAGUAUGUCGACUCAUACCACACGCUUAUUGAACGGUACUACCUCAGAAGUACAUACGCAUCCUUGGAAAGCUCAUUCAUCGUCAUCAUCAUGUUCACAGACGACUCGUCAAAAUGGCGCGAAAAAUGUUGGUGCUAUGCAUUCUAUUGGAGGAAUAAAGGGAAAGACUGUCCAAGCACCAGCGUUCUCGCCUCUUUCCAGGAGGGAUAAUGCUGUCGUCGUACCUCCACCGAAAGCUGGUGCGUUUCAGGAAAAGAUUCCCCCUCCUUCUGAUUUCAGUAAAUUCUACGAUAGAGGUGACUUUCCAAUCAUGGUUGAACAUGAUACAAGUCAUAAUAAAAUAGCAUGGAAGGUUGAGAUUGAGAAGCUAGACUUUCACCAUUACCUUCCUUUAUUCUUCGAUGGUUUAUCAGAAACACGUCAUCCAUAUAGCUUCUUCGCUCGUCAAGGAGUACAUGAUAUGUUAACACAUGGCGGUCAUAAGGUACCACCAGUCAUCCCACAGCUCAUCCUACCUAUUAAAACAGCUCUUCAGACGCGGAAUGCUGAUGUAAUCUGUGCUACGAUGCGUUUACUUCAAACCCUUGUAACAUGUUAUAUGAACGGUGGUAAGCAGACAUUGAUUGGUGAAGCAUUGGUACCUUAUUACCGACAGAUAUUACCCAUUAUGAACAUUUUUAAAAAUAAAAAUAAGAAUAUUGGUGAUGGUAUUGAGUAUGACCAAUGGAAAGGUCAGAAUGUAGGUGACCUAGUCAAUGAAACACUUCAGGUAUUAGAACGUUAUGGAGGACCUGAUGCAUUUAUUAAUAUCAAGUAUAUGGUGCCAACAUAUGAAUCUUGUAUUAUGAAUUAAGAAAUACAUUUGUCAAUAAUAUGAUAUUGAUGUACGGUGCACAUGUGGUUGAUUUAACGAUGCAAUCUUUCACGUUAGACAUGCUAAAGAUCUAUAGUCAAGCCAACAUGAGGUUAUGUGAGGUUCAUCUCUUAAGUGGAAAAAAAAGAAGGGGAGAUCGGGGACAAUCGUAACAAAAUUUACUAAAUUUGAAUUAUCAAAUGACAGCUUUGUUUUAAAAAUCAAAGGUUUCCACUUUUUGGACAAAAUCAAUAUUUCUUUACUUUGGAAACAAUCUUAUAAAAUUCGGAAUAGUGUUUUAUUCAGAUGUCAUGUGUAAGAAAGAUGUAUUUCCUCUUUCAAUUUACUCCCUUACCCUCUCUGUAUAGCUAAUAUAUCAGUGUCUAACAUCAUGAACAUAGGGAUAUAAGCUACUUUUAUUACCACCCUGUGUAUAUAUAUUAUAUUGAAUUUUUAACCUAUAAAGAUUCAUGUAAUUCAGCAUUCCUCUGCAAGUUUGAUUUCAUUAUAGUGAACAUAUAUUAUUUAUCCAUCAUGUUCGAACUUAUUAUUUUUUAUGAUUCUGAGCUUAUAAAAAAUGUUACCAUAUUCAACAAAUCAUUAUAAUCAUGAUAAGAUUGACAAAACGUUAUCAUGUUUUAGCUUAUCGAUGAGGCUACUCUGUGCUGUGCUUGUAUUUCCAACUAUCCUAUACUCAGAUUUACAAUUUUGAUAUUUGAAGAACAAUUGUCCCCGGUCUCUCACUACUCUAUUGACCCCUGAGGUAACUCCUCCCGAAAUGAAAAGUGGUCAUGGAAGUACAAUACAUAUUGAAAGUAUAUUUGAUAUUUAGGAAGGAGGGGUUCUUCAAAUUCAUAUGUCGUUAUACAUUCGCUCGUAAAUAAUUCGUUAUUGAUGUCACUCAUUGGCUCUACAAAGGAAAAAUACAUUUUGAAAAAUUACUUUUCUUUAGAAACUGUUACAGAAUCAGUUAUGCACAAAUAAUAUAUAAGAUUUGUAUAGCGCACGUAUCCACUUUUACUGGUUCUAAAGGCACUCCCAUAUUACCCUGGUUUAGGUGCUCACAGUGAUGGGCAUCGCCCAGCUAUAAUCACUGUAAAACAUAGUGAAUUCAACAGGCUUUCAAUUAUGAUAAUGAUCUUUGCAUACUCUUUUGCAAUUACGCGUCUUUUGCACAAGUGAAGAAUUACGAAUGAGAAAUGUAAGUUAUUUUUGUGCGAAUUGUUGCCUGAAAUGUAAUUUAGAUUUGAAUGUAAUCAUAUCUUGUUUUCUUUAAAAAAAAAUAAUGAUUUGGUUAUUAUAUUUUGCAAGUAAAAUAUUCAUUAUCUAAAUAAAUCAGAUAUGAAGAAAGUUUAGAAAUUUUUUUUGUUGAUUUCUUAAAGAUUUUACCCUAACGAGACUACGUUCUGGAAAUUAUUUAAUAUUUGUUAUUUUUUAAUAUUAAUUGUUAAACAUUUUUACUCAUAAAUCAUCUAAUUAUCAUGCACUUUUCGCUUUAUCAAUCUGAAUUGAAAUAUUGAUCUAAAACCAAUAUAAUUGAUGCUUAUGAUUAAUGUGUCAAUGAUACAAAUAAUUUAGUUGCCAACAUGUAUAUUUGCAGGUAAAACACUAAUUCGCGCUAUUUAUUAUUCAACUUUAGCUUUAAAACUUGCCCAACUCAAGCCUUUUAUGCGUCUCUACGAUCACCUCAAUGAAACACCGUCAUGCAACAGUAAUUUUGUAAACUUAUUGCUAUUAUUGUAUGGUUUUAAACCCCUAUACUAAUGUUAAGUUCCUGAAUUAGUGUCUUGUAAAUUUAAGAAGUGAAGUAAAAGAUGGUAAAAUGUGGAGAUAACGUGGAAGUCGGACGUUCAAAAAAGAUUAUUUUCAAGGAGGCUGCUUGUGUACACAAAACUAAAUUAUAAACAGCUUCUACUAAUUUUAGAUAACCUAAUUCUAAUGGGAAAAUGACAGAAUUACUGCAAAACCAAAGCGUUAAAAGAUCAGACAAACGUGAUAAAUGUGAUAUAUAUAUAUAUAUAUCGAGUAUUGUAUUACCAAAGAAGUUUUUUUUUUAAGUAAUUUAAGAAGAAGUCAUUUUUAAAAAGGUCUGAUUGCAAGUAUUGAUAGUGUUAUAAAUAAGACAAAAGGUAACGAUAUCUCAAUAAUAAGUGUACAUGAUUUUGUCCAUUAAAAAAUAUUGAUGUUUUUCCAAAGUAAUCUAUUCUUAACAUCGGAUCGGGGGGGGGGGGGUAUUGAGAGCCAUAUAGUCAAUAUUUUUGUUAUGAGAACUUAUGUCGUUCAUACUCAAAUGAGGACCUUGUUCUUCUUCUUCUCUUGUUUUCUGCUUGUCAAAUUUUCCUCGGGAAAAUGUGCCCCCACCCCUUUGGAAAUUUCGUAUCCGCCCUGAUUGUUAAGCCACAGUUUAUACCAAGAACUGAAUAACACGAUGUUGAUUUGGGUUUUUAUUUUAGGUAAGUAUUAUAUUGAAGUGUACAUAGAAAAUAUUGUACAUAGAAGAAAGUCGACACUUUUAUAUCUAAAUAUUCUUAAUA